AUAAGAUAGAGAAUACAAAGGGAGACUUCGGCGCCGGAGGGGUGUGGCCCAAACUCAGUCCCGCCCUCCGGCUCCCAGCCUAAACCUUGGCCCCGCUGCCAUCUGCCGGCCCUAGGCCUGGGCUCUACCGCCCUGGCCUGAGGAUCCACACCCCCAGGCGCUUAAUGCCCAGCCGGUUCCGGCUGGGUCUCCCCUUUUCUAGCGCCCCUCUAGGGGAAAGUCGCAGUCGCCUGUCGCCGCUCCCUGCAGCUUUCAAGCUCACGUCACUACCUUCUUCUCUACCAGCCUCUCCUUCCCCGCUCGGCUCCGAGCCGCUCGGCUAGGUGGCUGGCGGGGUGGGCAGAGGUAGAGCGUCCUGAGCCCGGUCUCUAGUAGCAGCAGCCCUGGUACCGCCCAGAUGGUGCGCAGGGCUGAGCCCCCAGACGGGGGCUGGGGGUGGAUGGUGGUGCUCUCAGCGUUCUUCCAGUCAGCGCUGGUGUUCGGGGUGCUCCGCUCCUUCGGCGUCUUCUUCGUGGAGUUUGUGGCGGCGUUUGAGGAGAGGGCGGCGCGCGUCUCCUGGAUCGCCUCCAUAGGAAUCGCUGUACAGCAGUUUGGGAGCCCAGUGGGCAGUGCCCUGAGCACGAAGUUCGGGCCCAGGCCCGUGGUGAUGGCCGGGGGCAUCUUGGCUGCGCUGGGGAUGUUGCUCGCCUCCUUUGCUACCUCCUUGACUCACCUAUACCUGAGUAUUGGGCUGCUUUCAGGCUCUGGCUGGGCCUUGACCUUCACUCCGACCCUGGCCUGCCUGUCUCGUUACUUCUCUCACCGUCGAUCCCUAGCCAUGGGGCUGGCACUGACAGGCGUGGGCCUCUCCUCCUUUGCCUUUGCCCCCCUCUUCCAGUGGCUGCUUAACCACUAUGCCUGGCGGGGGUCCCUACUGCUGGUAUCUGCCCUCUCCCUCCACCUGCUGGCCUGUGGUGCUCUCCUCCGCCCCCUCUCCCUGGCUGAGGACCCUGCUGUGGGUGGCCCUAGGGCCCAACUCGCCUCCCUCCUCCAUCAUGGCCCCUACCUGCGCUACACUGUCGCCCUCACCCUGAUCAACACUGGCUACUUCAUUCCCUACAUCCACCUGGUGGCCCAUCUCCAGGACCUGAAUUGGGACCCACUGUCUGCUGCCUUCCUACUCUCAGUGGCUGCUAUUUCUGACCUUGUGGGGCGUGUAGCCUCCGGGUGGCUGGGAGAUGCAAUCCCAGGGCCGGUGUCAAGACUCCUGAUGUUCUGGACCACCCUGACCGGGGUGUCACUGGCCCUAUUCCCCGUGGCUCAGGCUCCCACAGCACUGGUGGCUCUGGCUGUGGCCUACGGCUUCACGUCAGGAGCCCUGACCCCAGUGGCUUUCUCCGUACUGCCCGAACUGGUGGGAACUGGAAGGAUAUACUUUGGCCUAGGAUUGGUGCAGAUGGUAGAGAGCAUCGGGGGGCUGCUGGGGGCUCCUCUGUCAGGUUACCUCCGGGAUGUGACAGGCAACUACACAGCUUCUUUUGUGGUGGCUGGGGCCUUCCUCCUUGCAGGGAGCGGAGUUCUCAUCACCCUGCCUGGUUUCUUCUCCUGCUUCUCACCAUCUACCUCCAGGCCCCAAGACCUUGUGACAGAGGCCCUGGAUACCAAAGUCCCUCUGCCCAGGGAGGGUCUAGCAGAGGACUGAACUCCAAGGAGGGGCAGUCAGGUCCAGAAAGCCAGAGCUCCAGGUCUUCUUCUCCUGCCCCAUCUUGGCCCCCAUGGAACCACAGUGCCUUAAGCCUCUUCAUCUGCCUCCUCCAGAGCAGGUGUGAGGUACCUGUGAUAUGCGUGCCAACCCUUUGUAUUUUGUUGAGGACUCUGUCUUCUUCGCUCCACCAACAUUUUCUUUAGGAUCCAGAGUUCAACCUGCCCCACUGAUUUGUGAAUCAGCUGUGGAAAUCAAAGGCCAAAGAGGCUUAACAUGUUUUAUCUCUAGUGUUGCUUCUAAGCUUCUUCUCUGAAGACAAAGAUGUUUGGGAAACAGGAAUGUCCCUUUGAAAUAUAACUGAUAAGAAAACUGGAUAACAAUCAUAACCUCAAGCAGAUCUGGGACCCAUCUGUUUGGUUUAGCUAAAUGGAGUCAUGGCUGGGGAGUAGAGGGGCUGGUGUCCAGAAGCUCUGAUGACCCAGAGCAUUUGAACCCUGAACUCUGCUCUCUGGGCCUCCUACCCACUUACCUUCCUUUAUCCCACUAUCCCCUGUGACUUAGAAAAGAAAUUAAGAGAAUAGCAGGGGAUAGUUUGGAAGAAGGGUAAAGAGCUGAAUCUGGGAUUCCUGUAUUUUCCUCAGGCCAGUAGGAAAGGAAAACCAAACUGGUGCCACGGAGUCCAUUCCAACUCAUAUUGACCCUAUAAGACAGAGUAGAACUGCCCAAUAGGGUUUUCAAGAAGCAGCUGGUGGAUUUGAACUGCGGACCUUUUGUUAAGCAGGCCAGUAGAAGGAGAGUGAAAUGCAGGCCAACAGUUUGGGAGAUCUGGAUACUCGGGAGAAACUAGGAUGUGACAGAUAGCACCCAUAAGCCCUCCUCCCCUCUUCCAAUAGACUGCCGCUGACCGGCAGAAAACUUCUCAAAGAUUCUCUAUUAUGACAACAAGAAUUUGGGGAAAGAAGAUUUAACAGG